AGGAGGAGGCGAGGAGGAGAGACUGCUCCAUAAAAAUACAGACUCACCAGUUCCUGCUUUGAUGUGACAUGUGACUCCCCAGAAUACACCUUGCUUCUGUAGACCAGCUCCAACAGGAUUCCAUGGUAGCUGGGAUGUUAGGGCUCAGGUCCAGUUGUUGCUUAUCCUGUUCCAGGACAUUUCAGCACCAUUUGUCUAUAGAAGUCAGUCCCUUUCUUCUGGAGGAAAAGUCAGAAGACCAGGAUCUCCAGGGCCUCAAAGACAAGCCCCUGAAGUUUAAGAAGGCGAAGAAGGACAAGAAGGAAGACAAAGAGGGCAAACAUGAGCCACUACAGCCUUCAGCCCACCAUUCUGCAGAGCCAGCAGAGGCAGGCAAAGCAGAGACAUCAGAAAGCUCAGGCUCUGCUGCAGCAGUGCCAGAAGCCUCUGCUUCCCCCAAACAGCGGCGUUCCAUAAUUCGUGACCGGGGACCCAUGUAUGAUGACCCCACCUUACCUGAAGGUUGGACACGAAAGCUUAAACAAAGGAAGUCUGGCCGCUCUGCUGGAAAGUAUGAUGUAUAUUUGAUCAAUCCCCAGGGAAAAGCCUUUCGCUCUAAAGUAGAAUUGAUCGCAUACUUUGAAAAAGUGGGAGACACCUCCUUGGACCCUAAUGAUUUUGACUUCACGGUAACUGGGAGAGGGAGCCCCUCCAGGAGAGAGCAGAAACCACCUAAGAAGCCCAAAUCUCCCAAAACUCCAGGAACUGGCAGGGGUCGGGGACGCCCCAAAGGGAGCGGCACUGGGAGACCAAAGGCAGCAACAUCAGAAGGUGUUCAGGUGAAAAGGGUCCUGGAGAAGAGCCCUGGGAAACUUCUCGUCAAGAUGCCUUUCCAAGCAUCACCUGGGGGUAAGGGUGAGGGAGGUGGGGCUACCACAUCUGCCCAGGUCAUGGUGAUCAAACGCCCUGGCAGAAAGCGAAAAGCUGAAGCUGACCCCCAGGCCAUUCCUAAGAAACGAGGUAGAAAGCCUGGGAGUGUGGUGGCAGCUGCUGCUGCUGAGGCCAAAAAGAAAGCCGUGAAGGAGUCUUCCAUACGGUCUGUGCAUGAGACUGUGCUCCCCAUCAAGAAGCGCAAGACCCGGGAGACGGUCAGCAUUGAGGUCAAGGAAGUAGUGAAGCCCCUGCUGGUGUCCACCCUUGGUGAGAAGAGUGGGAAGGGACUGAAGACCUGCAAGAGCCCUGGGCGUAAAAGCAAGGAGAGCAGCCCCAAGGGGCGCAGCAGUAGCAGUGCCUCCUCACCACCUAAGAAGGAGCACCAUCAUCACCACCAUCACUCAGAGUCCCCAAAGGCCCCUGUGCCACUGCUCCCACCACCACCCCCACCUGAGCCUGAGAGCUCUGAGGACCCCAUCAGCCCCCCUGAGCCUCAGGACUUGAGCAGCAGCAUCUGCAAAGAAGAGAAGAUGCCUCGAGGAGCCUCACUGGAGAGUGAUGGCUGCCCCAAGGAGCCAGCUAAGACUCAGCCCAUGGUCGCCACCACCACCACAGUUGCAGAAAAGUACAAACACCGAGGGGAGGGAGAGCGCAAAGACAUUGUUUCAUCCUCCAUGCCAAGGCCAAACAGAGAGGAGCCUGUGGACAGCCGGACGCCCGUGACCGAGAGAGUUAGCUGACUUUACAUAGAGCGGAUUGCAAAGCAAACCAACAAGAAUAAAGGCAGCUGUUGUCUCUUCUCCUUAUGGGUAGGGCUCUGACAAAGCUUCCCGAUUAACUGAAAUAAAAAAUAUUUUUUUUUC